CGUAAUUGCAAUUCAAAUUUUUGACCAAAAAAAGUUUGUGAGAAAGGACCAAGGAUUUUUAGGCGUAAUUAAUGUUCAAGUAGGAGAUGUGUUGGAUUUUGAUGCUAACAUCGAUAAUGAUG